UGAUGAUGAGGAAGAGGAAAAAGAAGAAAUACCAACCCUCCAAAAAAACACUGAAGAAGAAACAACAGUAGCAGAAGAAACAGACGAGAGAACGAAUUAAGACACCAACAAUUUAAGACAAGACAGCAUCACAGGCCAGCAGAAGAAGAAGAAGAAGGACGAGAAGGGGUAAAAAGAAGAGGAGGAGGAGGAAGAAGAAGGCAGCCUCGCGGAUAUCGUACACCGCCUCGCCGCCUGCAUGGCCCGCCUCUUCCUCACUACGUAUUGCCAGUGGCGGUGGUGGCGGCGGCUGACAGCACCUUCCAGCAUGGCCAUGAAGGCGAGGACCCUCAGCACCCACUGCCAGGCCGAGGUAGACCAGCACUACGAGGAAACUGUGCAGACACUCAACUUCCUGCAGUCCAAUGCAGCCAUCCUGCAGCGCAUCCGUCAGGAGCGAGGUUCCCGGGCUAAUGAAAACAUACCAGCCACCGAACGCUUCCUUGCCAAGGUUGGAGUGACCCUGGAGGACCUUGACUCCCUCUCAGUCAUCCACAUAGCAGGUACGAAGGGGAAGGGGUCAACCUGUUCCUUCAUUGAGAGCAUUCUGCGGGAACAUGGCUUCCGCACAGGCUUCUACUCAUCCCCUCACCUGGUGGCGGUGCGGGAGAGGAUCCGCAUCAAUGGGCAGCCCAUCUCCAAGGAGGACUUCACCAGAUACUUCUGGGAUGUGUACAACCAGCUGGUGGCCAAAAAGAGCAAUGAUGAAGACAUGCCUGCAUACUUCAAGUUCUUAACAGUACUUGCACUGAAGGUAUUUCUGCGAGAGGAAGUGGAUGUGGCUGUGGUGGAGGUUGGCAUCGGGGGUGAGCACGACUGUACCAAUGUGAUGAGGAGACCAGCGGUGUGUGGAGUGACCACCCUUGACUUUGACCACACCUCCAUCUUGGGCAGCACCAUAGAGUCCAUAGCCUGGCACAAGGCUGGCAUCAUGAAGCCCGGAGUGCCGACUUUCACAGUGGAGCAGCCACAGCAGUCAGCUUUACAUGUGUUGAUAGAAAGGGCCAAGGAAAAAGAGAGUCCUCUAUACCUUGUGCCACCCUUGGAAAACUAUGGGUGGGGGGCACAGCCUCUUCAACUGGGACUGGCGGGCAAUGUGCAGUACUGUAAUGCAUCGCUUGCCCUUCAGCUGGCCCAGUACUGGAUCAACUCCCAGACUGAAGGGAAGAAUUCUAGGAUAGUGAGCACAACAUCCCCAAGCUCAGAUCACCCAAACCUACCUGUAGCUGCUCCCUUCACCCUGUCUGACGAGGAGGUGCUGGGCCUCAAGUCUGCUGUGUGGCCAGGAAGGUCCCAGGUGAUGGUGAGUGGCCCCCUGACCUUCUUCCUGGAUGGGGCCCACACGCCGGUCAGCAUGCAGGCUUGCAUCGACUGGUUUCUCAAGACGGCUCCCAUGCAUGCCCCACAGAAUGGGGACACCUUUCGCUUGCUCUUCUUCAACUCCACUGGUGACCGGGACCCAGAGACUCUCCUCCAGUUGUUAGCUCCCUGUAACUUUGAUCUGGCAAUCUUCACCACCAACUUGGUCACCACCUCCAUGAGUGCUUCUUCGGAUCAGGCCAACUACACCAUCUCCCAGGACCAGAUGCAUCUGCGGUGUGAACGACAGAGAAACGCUUGGAUUCGUCUCAUAAGAGAUCUCUCAAAGCAUGAAUCUGAGAGAGAGUGUCAUGAGGAGCCUGAGACUGAGACAGCCAACACAUUGAAGGGCAAGGAGUUUGAGAACAACCUGAGCCUCACCCCAAACCUGCCAGCCUCAGAUGUGCCAAGCAUCAUCUUCCCGUGCAUUCAGGAUGCCCUCCUGUGGCUGUCCUGUGGCCGAGAUCCCAGCCUCACGGGGGAGCUGCUCAGCCCACCAGCCUUUCCUCCCCCUCAGCGGCUCCAGGAAGCCGCACACAUCCAGGUCCUAGUGACUGGCUCCCUGCACCUGGUGGGUGGGGUGUUGGGUGUGAUUGACCCUGAGCUUCGGUGUGCCACCCAUGUACGCAGUGCCCGCAGCAAGCCGCCCUCACUCACCGACUUGGUCCUGAGCAACUAUAAUAAGUUCUCUUCCCCUGGAACACCUUGAUCCUAAUAAUGACAACGUGGCACUCAGGUAACUUCUUUAUCAGUUGAUGAAAAAAUAGUGGUUAUACUUCUGCCAUCAGCAAAAUUCUGUAUUUUUUUCUUUUCAGUGUCAUUAUCAAUAAAUAGUAGGUGUUCAUAAGCAAUCUCAGUUAUACACACUAUAGCUGCGGUGCCCAAGUCUAAGUGUGCAUCGUUCUCUUGCAUCCGUAUGUCACAUGGCAUGUCCAGUUUUGUGGAUAAUAUAUGGUAAUGUACACAUAGGAUAUAGUUGUUGGUAUCAGUAUAAUGCAGGGCAACAAAGAUGAAUAUCAUCAACUGAAGGGAAGAGUCCUCUGUGAAAAUAUGAAAAUAAUAAUACGCUAAUAAAAAUAAAAAAAAAGCAGAAUUGAGUUAUAUGGUCUAUGGCAACACCCUAUCCUUUGGCUUUCGAAUGGUAGAUUUUUUUCAGUCGGACAUAAAUUUAAAUGCCAAUAGCAAGGAGAUUUAAAUGGCUACUGCGUGGGCGUGGCACGCUGACUGCGGCACAUUAGCUGGCAUGCCAAACUAUGGAGUAAAUGUUGAAAAAUCAAACAUGCAGCAAUCUUCAGGGAGAAGUUUGUAACUCAUGUAAUAGUUUUGGAACACAAUUUGGGUAGGCGUUGGUUGAGUGGUUAGUGUGCGGGCCCCACAUUCACCGCGUUAUGGACAACGCGGGUUCGAAUCCGCUGCUACCACCUGGAAUUUUUCAGUCACUGCCGAGUAGCUUGAAACUACCCACAUGCUGUCCUGAAGACCACCCAUCAACCUGGACUCUAGAGGAAAGUGUCCAAGUGAAUCAAAAACAAGCUCCCGGGGAGCAUGAGCCAAGAAAAGAUGGCGCCACUAUAAAACACUUGCCUGCGCCAUGAUGGGCUGGAGCCAAGUACCAUCGAGGCCCCUCAAGAAAGCCUACCGGCGCUAUAGGCUGGCAUGUAAAAAAAUAUAUGGAUAUGAAAAGUGCAACCUGCUCACAAAAAAAUUUGGAACAAAUGAAUAGAAAAAAGAUUAGAAAUGAGAGAAAAGAGAAAAAUUACACUGAAAAAGACAAUAAAGAAGAAGAGGAAGACAGGCAAAGAAAUUCCAACCGAUAGCUAUGCACCUGGAGAGUACUGAUCGAACCUUGCAACAAUGAGGGGCAUGGCGCGCCCUGACACCCUCACCUUUGAGCGAUUAAUACCUUUAUAAGGGGGGACAAGGUGCCUAAUCCUUUUAUGUACUCGCUGAUAUGUGAUUUCUGAUCCCAUAAAAUUCAUAUGAAAGUAGCAUUGUCAGUAUAGUACCUUCACUGGGCUGAAGAACUUAAGCAAAACUUUAAUCACGUUUUUCUCAAAACUAGUACAAAAUUAACAAUUAUUUUUUGGUUUUACUUUCUGCAUGAUUUUCAUGAAACUUUAGGACAUACAAGAUCAUAUAUCGAAGUAAAAUUUGUCGUUUUUUUUAAAACGGCAUGGUUUCGAUGUAUAGGAAAAUUUUCCAAAAAGAAUUAAAAAAAUCAAAAAAUUUCUUAUUGACAAAAACAGUUUUCAAAAAAACAUCUUGACAAAUUGUUAGAAUAACAAUGAAUUAUCAGAUGUGCAUGUCACAAGAAAGUCCGUAAAAAAAAUGGCUGAGAAAAAUUAAUUCAAAAUUUUCUUAAAAACAAUGAAAAAUAUUUUAUUUUUCAUUUUGUCUAAUCAGCUUGAAAUUUUCAUAUGAUAACAAAGUUACUAAUAUAUACAACAUACAAAUUAUUCAUGACCAUAGAUACAAUUUUAAUCCACGGCAGACUUUCUCCUUAAGCUUAUUUUGAGUUUCAAAUUAUUAAUAUAAAAAACUGCUGUUUUGUUGUACAGCCAAACCUGAGCAUCCACAUGAGUUAGGUAACAGAUCCAUUUGCGGAUGUUAGGGAUCCGCGGAUAUCUGCUGAUAGAUAGUACUGGUUACUGCAAGUCUAAAAGUGCGUGGCGGGGUGUGCGGUGAGCCACAAGUGCUUUGGCUGGUCACAAAAGUGCUCAAAAAGCCCACGAAUACCCAAAUCUUUAACUUCAUAAUAUCCAUGGGUUACCCCGUGGAUAUUCAAAACCUUGGAUGUUUAGGUUUAAUAAUUGUAAUCAGUGAUCUUAUUAAUAAAACGGCUGUCUGACACUAUUGAUAAUUUGAAACUCAAUAUCAACUGUAUUUGACAGUACUUGACAUUGCUACCUGCAUUUUUUUAUUUUCUUUUACAUCGCAGCCUAUUGCGCCGUUAGUCUUCCUCACUGGUGGGUCCUGAUGGUCGGUCCAGCCCGUUGUGGUGCAGGCGAGUAUUUUACAUUGCAAUUGCAUAGGCUCAUACUGCCCCCGGAGCUCAACUUUGAGCUUCUCCUUGGAGAGGUUAUCUAGAGUCUGGGUUGGUAGGUGGUCUUCAGGGCAGCAUGUGGGUAGUCUUAGGCCACUCGGCAGUGACUGAACAAUCCCAGCUGUGUACCAGCCAGGAUUUGAACCGACGUCCCUCCUGGAUCUCCCAAACGCGAUGCCGGCACACUACCACUGACACCGCCUAACUAUUUUCCGUAGGUAGGGUAUCAUAUAUUAUCCACAAAAUGAGACACGUGUGAGAGCAUAAUAAUGCACACCUCAGACUUAGGCACUACGAGUGCCUAUAAUAUUUUUGCUCUUCUAUUUAUUCUGUGAUCAUUAAUGUAAUCUACUGACUCAGGAUGAGUGCAUUUGCUAAACAAAAUGCAGUUUUUCUCUCUCUCUCUCAAUGGAAGGGUGGAAAAAUAUGCUUGACAAGGUUUCUCUCAGCAAUGUGCAGUUUUAUUUGUCUUGAAAAGUAAAUGUUCUUCAAAAACCUACAUGUAUAUGAGAAGAGUAUCUGAACUGGUCCAUAGAGUGCUGGGUGAAGAAAGCUCUGCUGCAGAACAUCUUAGCUGGGCCCACUUUGAUAAGGGAACAUUGGCUUAUCAUGGUUGUUAUGAGAUACAGAGAAUUAAUUCAUCUGAGUGAUACCAAACUUUAAAGUGUUUAUACAAAUAUGCAAUUCACUUAAAUGCAAUAUUUAAAAAAAAUAAACAUUAUAAGUAGCAAUUAUUUAUUACAUUAGAUUUUUCUUUAAAAAAAAAUAUUGCUAAUUUAAUGUUUUAAUUGCACAAAAAAUUGAACAUCCUAUGUGACCAAAUAUUUGCCUGAAGUGAGACCAGCAUGUCUAUUUUUUUCUGAUGUUAUGGACUGAGGCUGUUUCUGAAUACUUCAUGUAGGGGUGAAUCAGAAGGUAAAAACUGUGAUAUGGAGUAACUAUCUGGAUUUUCCUAUGCCAUUGCUGGCCUCACUUAAGGUAUAGGUGUGCCUUGUAAAUUUACAACAUAAGUGUUCCAUUUGGCUUUUAGGAACGUCUGAUAUUUUUAAAUGUGAUGCUUCGUUAUGACAAAGUAAGAAUGUGGUUGUGACAAGUACAUGAAAACCAGUGCUUCUGUAUUACAAUUCUUGUGUAGAGUGAGAAUUUUACUGCAAAAAAAGUAUGCCAUGGUUAGUGGCUCCAAGUCAGUUCAAGGAUUUGUCUGAUCCUUUUGCCAUUUGUUUAAAAAUAGAAUUUAUCUGAUAUUUGCUCAGGUUAAGAUCUAAUUUUUCUUCUACAGUGAGUUCACACUUCUCACAAUACUCAAUUGACAUCAUUAUUGGUAGGCAGGUCUGGAGUCAGGCAACACUUGUGCAGUUAUGCAAUGAAGGUACAACCAUCAAACAAAUGUACCUCUUGUGUAUACGUAGUCGGACACGUGUCGUUUGACUUCCUUAGGUCCAUCUCAACCUCCCAAUAAGGAUAGUCCACAGUCAGUUUGGUGCCUUUUCCUCAUCCUACUCCCUUACUGCCUGCCCCCUCCCCACGUUUGUCAGAUAUCCCUGGUGGGCCUAUAAACCCCAUAACAUUCACAUAAAGCUGGCAUCACACAGGGCAAAUUUCUGCCAACAUGUUGCUCGUUUUUGUUGGUGAUAAUCGCCAACCAACAAUGCUGUGCAUCACACUGUGACCCUGAACACUGUUGUGUUAACGCUGUGCUACAACAACAAACACCACGCCAGCAUGUGCUAUGACUGCAGAAACGCCAGAAGAGGCAUUGGGGGCGUCGUUGGCCAGUGUUGAACUUUGUUUAUACCUUGCGCCAGGUACAGACUCCACCCCGGGUGGGGGCCGGGCCGGCCAGAUUCUUUUGACGAUAAGUAGCCUACUCACACAUCAAAAAGUAGCGGAUUUCAACAUGAAGUAGCCCAAUAAAUUUCAGAAUUACUCAAAAUUUAAGUAGCAAGUAGUGGAUGAAAAAGUUAAGUAGCAUACAGCCUUCAUAAGUCGCCCAAUCUGGCAACUCCAUGGCCCCGGGGCCGGGCGGCAGUGACCCACCGUACAGUCAGUUGUGUUAUAAAUAACUUUACACAGUGGACAAAUAAAUCACAAAUGCAUACUUGCACAUGUACGUGGGUUUUUGGAGUUUUACCGUUGACAAUUUGAGUAAAUAUGUACGAUGAUUGAUUUUCAAUUUACAUUUACAGCUUAUAGCACGAAUGUCAUUUGACCCCGUUUCCUCCCAACCAGUCUGACGUCACAUCUGUUGUCCGUUCUUCCCAACCUGCCAGAUCUUGUUGGUUGUUGUUCGUUUUGCCCAACAGCUAACAAAAACGACCAACAUGUUGGCGAAAUUUGCCCUGUGUGACACCAGCUUAACACCACCCACAUAACAUGACUGGAUUUGGUCAAGAUUUGCAUUGAAUCAUGCCCAUGAUAAUGUUAACUAUGAACAGUCACGUAUCUCAUGUCGACCCUGUUGGUUAUUUUCCCUACUUUCAAUGGUAUUUUCUCUGAAUUUCACCUUACCUUUAUAAACUGUGAACUCACUGCACCAUAUUAUGGAAAGCACAGGAAAAGGACACUCGUAUGUGGAUAUAGCCACUUAUCACAAUAUUUUUUCAUAUGUCCAUUACUCCUAAAGAGGAUAGGCAUAGGGAAAAAAUUCUGAUGCCCCAUGCACUAGUGAGGUAAGCAUUGUGGGUUAAUUUGAGAACACUAUUCAAGUAGCAGAACACAUUCAAUUUUGAGCCAGUCUGAAGACAAAAAAUUCUACAGGUACAAGCAAUUAGUGAGGCAACAGAGAGGGAGAAAAAAAAUAAGCCUGCACAUGACAGCUCAAGGUAAAGCAAUUCUCCUGGCCAAGUAGAGGGCAGGGCAAGCCUUGGUCUCCCUUCACUGAAUGGUUGUGAGUUGAGGAAUCAAAUCCAAAAAACGGUAUCACUGACUCACUUUGGCUCAGGGUCUGAUUCAAGGCGGAGAGAGCCGUGGAAUAACGGGCUACCCAGCUGACAUUUUUUGUUGUUGUUGCUUGCCUUAUUAACAUGGGGCACCAAAAUUACUCCAAUGGUUACUUAAUUCUAUAUUGGCUAUCCAUUAGAGGCGGCAAUUUAAGACUGCAAUGCACAGUAGGUACGAGUGUGGAACAAAGGAGUUAUGAUCAUACAAAUGUGUCAACUGGUUGGAUCAAUUCACUAUUAAGAACAUUGUCACCUUAUUUCCUCAAGAUGUCACACAAUAUAUAGUCACAAACACACUUGUAUGAUUGCCACCGAGGCAUAUGGUGCUCUGAAACAAUUUGUGCUAAAAGGGCUCUCAUUCAAGGUGAAAAUGCACUUGCCUCCAGAGGUGCCCUUUUUACACAGUAUGUUUCUUGCUAACUGAUUGGUUGAAUAUAUAAGUUGUAUACUUAAUUUUACUUGAAAUAAUUACCAGGUAAUGUGAGCCAACACUUGCCUACUAACUCAAGUCUCUCUCUCUGAUACAUGGUAUGGCAAUUGAACUGGAUAAUGAUUAUAAAAAUGAUGAAGUAAUGUGCUGGUAAGUGCCAAGUCUUUUAUGUUGACAUCAGCCACCCAAGUCAGCAACACAAGUACAAACUUCAAUUGUUAUAUUCAUUAGGUUCAUAAUUACAGAUGGGGAAAAAUAUUAUUAAUAUAUAGUUUUAUUGAAUGCAUUGUGAUAUACAGAACAGGAUUUCUGAAUAGCCUACUGCUACAACACAAACACACAUGCUCUUAUCUUAAGUCAUUUGAGUAGAUUCUGGACUUUUUUUUAAAGUUGAUUAUAUCUUUUCUUGUUUAGAGCAACUUGUCUCAAAUCCGUGGUAAAAUGUGAAAAAAAAUACACAUGAAGCGUGCAUCUGAACACAAGCUUGGGAGACUGAAGUCAACAAAUCGACUUAGCACUUACCAACACAUUAUUUUAUUUUUAAUUGCCAUAACAUAUAUCAAAGGGAGAAGGGAGAGACUUGAGUUAGUAAACAAGUGUUAGUUCAUAUUAUCUGGUAAUUAUUUCAAAUAAAAAGAAGCAGUUUGUCAUUGCUUAUUCAAGCAAACAAUAUCAGGAAACUUUGUGGAAAAAGAGCACCUCUAAGUGAGUGCAUUUUUGUCCCAAUAAAAAGACUAUAGUAUUGUAUUGAUUUUUUUUUUCAGAAUCAAAUAAUUGUAAAUUCUGAACUUUAUAAAACUUAAGUGUUUGAGAUCUAUACUAAGUAGAAUUUGCACAGCACAUUCCAUCUGUAGAGAUUCUAGCCUCCUUUGUUCAGUUAAAGUACAAAUUUUGUAAACAAUCAUUAUAUUCACACUGGCUGUGGUGCGACACUUGGGUUGUACUCCAGAAUCCAUUUUCAUCGUACCGAGACUUUUAUCAAAACAGUGCUAGUGCAAAAAACAAUUGUUAGUGAUCAAUAAAACUAUUCAAUAUGAAGGA